UGCCUGCUUGUCUUGUGUUGAACAAAUAUUUUAAAUUUUUCAACUUUAAAUUGUAAACGAUUGAUGCUUCAUAUCGAAACAGGUACCAAAUAUCAACUAGCCAAAUCAAGAAGCUUUCUCGCUCUUUCUAAACAACAAUCAAACCAGGUAAGCGAGACGCGAGAAGAGACUCGACACGUGUCUAUGGCAACCUGACAAUCGUAGUGACCAUAGAUUUUUUUCCCCGGUGCUUUGCUGACACUAAACUUGGCCAGUCCAAAAUCAUUUGUAGCACAGCAGUAACAAGUGUCAGUCGUGUCUGCGAAGCCCAGCAUCACAGAAAAGCGUACUAGCUUUUGUAACACCACAAAAAUACAAAGCAAACCGGCAGUGCACCACGAUGGUUGAAAAGAAGAGACAAAUUUUAAUUGAUGUCUUGACACAAACUAUUCGGCAAAAUACUCAAGCAUGGCAAAAUGUUUUGCAACAGCCCAGCCAGAAACGUAAGAACUCAAAAACAUUGAAGCGUAAAAAGUUUAGUUGCGAUAGUUGCAAGCGAAAAUUCGUAUACUCAACCGGGCUGGACCGGCACAAGAAAAAAUUUCACGCUGACGAAGAAAAUUCCGUUCCAGAUGUGCCGAAGGAGGAAGGGUCCGCUGUGGAGUAUCCGCAGCUAAAAACGUUUGAUAUUGUGCUGAAGUGUAAAGAAUGUGGAGAAAUCUUUCCCGAGGUCAAGCAAUUCGAAGCUCAUACCAUCCGUUACAACUGGGAGCUUAUGCUUAUGAACACAUCACCCGAGGACAUCGAUAUGGGAAGUAUGUUCCAGAAGCAGGUGUUCAUCGUGACGAUUCAUACGGCACUAGUAUGCGAAUUUUGUGACGCUUGCUUCUCUGACUGCGAGUCAUUAUUCUAUCAUGAAGCGCAUCACUCGCCAUCCUCCGGCUACGCAUGCCAAUUCUGCAAGCUAAACUUUUUCAAACUGGAAUCAGUGCUGGAGCAUCGGGAGCAGUGUUGCGAGUACACCAACUUUCGUACCACAUACCUGUUGAACGUACCGGUGAUGUACAGUUGUAAUGCUUGUAUGUCGCUGUUUUCAACGCUGCCCGAGCUGUACGAACAUCGGUACAGCAAUCAUCACUAUUUUCCACGCCGGAUUAAUGCAAUAUCAGUACACGCUGACCGAUUGAAAAGGUUGUGGCUUGCCUGCGAAGUUUGUGGAGCCACUUGCAAUCAUAUAUAUGCAUUGCUGCAGCAUCGUACCGAAGAACAUUCCGUUGCCAGUCCCGAUGAUGGUGCUGCGGCAGAGAAUCCGCCCACCACUUACCGACCAACGGUUAAACGUAUUAGGAGUGAGACUCCGAAAGAACCGAUUCAGGGCCGUCAAUUUUUAUGCGAACAAUGUGGUAAAACUUAUACGCAAUCUAGCCAUCUUUGGCAACACCUGCGCUUUCACAAUGGUGUUAAACCGUUCUCCUGUCACAUCGGGGGCUGCACACGCCGGUUCACAAUACGUCCAGAUCUAAACGACCACAUUCGCAAGUGCCAUACCGGGGAACGGCCGUACAAAUGUGAUCAAUGUAACAAACGGUUCCUCACCGGAUCCGUAUUCUAUCAGCACAGGCUAAUACAUAGAAACGAACGGCGCCACGCAUGUAGCGAGUGUGACCGUCGGUUUUACAGGGCGGAUGCACUGAAGAACCAUCAACGGAUUCACACAGGAGAGAAGCCGUAUGACUGCCCGAAUUGUGAUCGAAAAUUUCGCCAGCGUGGAGACCGCGAAAAGCAUAUUAGAGUGAAACACUUGAAAAUUUAUUAACCAAACCGGCUCAACGUUAUCGCCUCAACGAUAGCAAUAUUAUUUAAAAAUCAUAUCGCCAUAACUUUGUUGUAAUACAUAUCUAUCAAUUAAUUACAUGUACACAUUCGGGUUUCUAUUUAAUCUUAGAUGUAACGAUGGUAAGGAAAGUUGGAAGAAUAACUUUAAACGAUUAGACAGGUAUUAAGUGUUUGAAGAUUUGUGCGAAACUGUUGAAUGUUGAAACUGGCUAAUGUUGAAACUACUUAAAGAUGUAACCGACGUAUUUAUGGGUGUAGAUUAAGACUUGCAAUCUGUAGAAGCUGUUUAUGAUCGGAUACGACGGAAUUUCUGAGGAGCACGUUACUGAGGUCGAUACAGGAUCACUAUGAACUAACCUAUAUUACAUUUGUUAACAGCAAUGUUAGAACCAUAUGACGCUUGCUUUGAAUCAUUUUCUGCCUGUUUUGAACUUUUAUUCGUAUAAAACAGCGAGGCCGUGUUGCUUUGAACAACCCGCGUAAGUAUGAAAUGGCAUAGAAAAAAUAAUGAUUGUAAGGUCUGCUCCUUGCAGCAGUU